AUACUUCCAUAUUCAUGGACUUGGUUGUGUAGAGGUGCAUGCGCAUGUGCUCUCACGUGUGAUUACAUACAAUGGGCGUCCCAAGCGAUCUUGCGCAACUGCAGAGGCCUCUGCGUUGCCUGCAGGCGCGGUCUCAAAAAAAGCAGGAUGAAGUUGCGAGGCUGAAGCGCGAACUUGCUGAAGCUGAAGCCGAGGCGAAAAGCGUCAAGGCCGACUACUUGAAAACCAUUAUUUACUAUGCCCGGACCGACUGCCUUCAGCUGGCAAACAUGAUGUAUGAGAAGCUUCCUGCCGAAUUACGUGAGAUGGUGUACGAAUAUCUCUGUGUAGACGCCGAUCGUCCCAUUCCGGUUGGCCCUUACUAUCAUUUCCAUGCAUACAACAAGCCCUAUGUCUAUCCUGCGAAAGCCAAGACAGAAGUGGACGCGGAACCCGACCUGAUUGAGAGACUUUUCGGCAAAAGGUCAGCAUCCAGCACGGGGUCAGCAUCCGGUGCACCCGGCAACAGCGCACCAGUAACAUGGAAGCCGUCGGUUAACUGGGGGGAUGAACUGCAAAUAGACCCAGAGCUCGUUGAGCGCGUCUCGCGCCUGUGUGUCGACGAAGAUGAAGAAGAGGCGGAAUCAGAUAGCAACUACACCAUCCUCCCAGAUGGCCGAGUCAAAGAGAAGCACACACACAAGCCCCCUAGCGACAUGAUGCUUCCUAGCAGCCAUUUUCUGGACCCCAGAUACGUUGGCCCAUUAGUGUCGCAUGAGACGCAGAAGGUGUACUACGCGCGGAACACCUUUUCUGUAUGCAACGUUGAGAAUGCGCUUGCCAAUUUUCUGGGCCGGGAUACUUGCUCGUAUCACCGGGAGAAGUGGGAGGACGAUCUUGCUCCAACUCACUCUACGACGCUUGAGGAGGUCCCGCCGUUGUUUGCAGCAGACCACAUACGUCAUCUGCAAAUCCGGCUCAAGUUUGAGCAUUUCCGCAAUGAUCUUCCAGCGAGGCAAUGUUUCUUGGACCGAUACGCAUACGAGCAGCGCUUCCUGCGCACGACAUGGGGUCAUCUAGAGGGGCUCAAGCACUACCUGGAGCGCCGACCCAAGGGUAAGAUAGAGAUUGAGUUUAUCAUCAUGACGAAGCUGUCAAACAUGGAACAUGUCGCGGGGCGGGAUGAGUAUAAUAAUGAAGUGCUAGACCGCGACCGUUGCUUUAUGAACUUUUUACAGUGCAUGCGGAACAUGGUGUACAAGGCCAUGUACGACCACGAAGACACGCUGGUCAAAGUCACGCAUUACGAUGCAAGGCAUUGGAUAUUUCCGAGGGACAUUACCGGCGUGUUUGGGCUGACGGCAGAACAGUGGGAAUAUGAGAAAAGCAAGCAGGGCGGCCAGCACGACUGGGUAGGGGACUUUUUCGUGAUGCAGCAGGACGCUGGUCUGCGGGGUCUGCCUGGCGUGUACGACGACGAGCUGGAAGACAUGGUGUGGGAGAGAUGGGGCAUGGCAACUGUGUUCGAGAAGGUCGCGACGGAGCCUGUCAAGGCAGGGCGGUUCUGGCCUGUGGUGGCCAAGACAUGAGGAGCGGACAGAGGCGUAUCUAAGUACUGUGUGCAAUACGACGUGCACGCGCGACUUAUCGGUAUGUAGCAUGGGCUUUGUAAUACCUCAUCUAAGUACUUACAUAUCAUUUGGCCUGGGGGCGCGCGGACGCCGGGGCGGACGAGCAAGCCGAUUGGCUGGGUGCCUGGGAAUGCAGCCAUUUCCCUACGUA